UUCCCGAUAGGGUGUUUUUUUCACGGGGUUUAGGUUUUUUGGGGGGAAUUUGUCAAUAUUUCCACCAAUCAUCAAUUUCUCAUUUUUCCACCAAUCAACAAUUUCUCAUGAAUCAUUUUAAUGGCAUUAAAAUAGAUCAUGAAUACCAAGAGACUAAACACAGAGAACAUUCCUUGUGUACUGACUUUGAUGAAGGAGGUGGUGUCCUGGUGGCACGUUGCGAACAUGACGCUGUCACCGUUGGAUCGGCUGGUGAUAACCAAUUUAUCAACAUCAAAGCUCUUAAUGAAUGGGACUCAAGGUUGUCUGGUGAAGUCGAAUGGCGCCAGAAACUGGACACUCAGCGAGGUGCUGUUCAGGCCAACGAGCUGAAGAAUAAUGCAUGCAAGCUAGCAAAAUGGACUGUGCAAGCUCUGCUCGCCAACUCUGAUUGGAUUAAAUUCGGAUAUGUUUCACGUAUGCACUUACGAGAUACAUCGCGUCGUGUAAUCCUUGGAACACAGCAGUUCCACCUGUCAGAUUUCGCAUCGCAAAUCAACCUUAAUAUCGACAAUGCUUGGGGCAUUCUCCGUUGGAUUAAUUAUUUGUGUAUGAAGGAAGAGGAUGGCAAAUAUUUGUUGGUGAAGGAUCCUAACAAGCCCGUCAUCCGCCUUUACAAGGUGCCCGAUAACACGUUUGAGAGCGACGAUGAAGCAUUUUUCGGAGAAGGAGAAGGUUUGAAACCAAUCAAUAUCGUAACGUGCGUGUGUAACUGCUGGCUUACUUUUAUUGCUUGGGUGUUGGCCUCUCUUUUUUUUUACUAGCAAAGAUUAAAUAAACACGUCCAAGCAGUUAA